AUGUUUGUGACAGCAAAUCCGGAGAAAGGACGCACGGCCGAGGAGAAGGAGGACCUAAGUCGCAAGUACAAGCCUGGCGACCAGGUCGUCCCUCGACACCAUGUCGUCGAGACGCCUGGCGCUAGGCGCCUGGAAGAGGAGGACCGCAGGCUCAUUGAGGAGGUGCGCGAGAUGAGCCUCAGGGAUGCUGGCGUCGACACGUCGUCCUCAUCAUCAAGACACCGCAGGCGAGGGGACAGUCGGGCGACUGAAAGUCAUUCUGGCAGGAGUCGGGACCCCAGUCGAGAGAGCCAUCAGAGUCACCACAGCCACCGGCACGAGGGCACGCGGAGGCGACACGGAGACGAGGGCCGCUACAACAGCGAUCAGCUCCAGCCCGAGUCGAGAGACAGGAGACGCCACCGGAGUGAUUCCCGACACAGGGCGGAAGCCGUGUCGGAAAUGCGCCGUCGUCAGGUCGAGCACCAGUCGUCCCUUCGAUCCCUCCUCAGCUCGGACGACCUCAACGAGAGAGACUUUGAACGAGAGAUUGAAGAGUUUGCGAGGCAGAUCCAGGAGGAAGGCUUGCUUGAUGGGCUCGACUUGGACAACAUUGAUCUCAGCAGGAACGACGAGCUCAGUCGUAAAAUCACAGAGGCCUACCGCAGAAGACAGCGCGAGCGCGAACGCGAACGACCGAGGCUGGAGCACAACAGGAGGAGCAACGCCAGCGUAGCUUCUCGUCAGUCUUCUGACCCGACGCAGGAAAGCACCCAUUCAACCGCGCCAUCAGCGUCAACGCCGGCCUUGGGAUCCACGUCAGCAUCGGACCCCAGGCGGCCUGGCAGUAGGCAACGACCGCAUUCUCGCUCUGCAAGCGCAACCGGAUACCCGGACGAUCGCAGCCGGCCUCCGCCAGCCUUUAAUCCGAGCCAUCUAGAUGUCCGUUCCGACAGACGACGAAGGAGGAAUUCUAGUGGUGGUCGCAGUGCAACCACACCUUUGCCUGGUACCCAACCAGAGGCCAGGCCGACGACCCGCUCCCAGACUGACCUAUCGCUGCCGACGCGUAGCAGUGAGCCAGCGACUCCGAGGAGUGCCUUCACCGAAGGAAGGAGCGCCAGCACGCCAUCUGUCCCCAUCGUCGCCCCGGUCCAGACGCACUCGCCGACAGUGGUCCAGUCCGGGUUUCGCGACCAGUCCUUUGCCAACCGGGUCACUGACGCUUCGAACUCGUCAGCGACAUCGAGCAACUUUUCUUCACAGCCAUCUGGCACCAUGCAUCGACCCAACAAGCCAUCCGAUCUCGCGGUUCUCAGCCAGGCCACGUCGAUAUCGAUCCCCUCUGGUGCUAACAGCCCUACGUCACCGAGCCACCACCAGCGACCGCGCACGCAACUGUACCCAGAACCGUCCAUCGCCUGCUCCAGGUGCUCGAAGCAGCAUAUUGAGUACGAGAUACAUUACAACUGCAGCAUCUGCUCCAGCGGCAACUGGAACUUGUGCCUUGACUGCUACCGCAGUGGCAAGGGCUGCUUACACUGGUUUGGCUUCGGGUAUGGCGCCUGGAAUAAGUGGGAGAAGGCGCGUCAAGCGAGUCGCAAGGAGCUUGCGCAGCCGCACAUGCUCACGGCCAAUCGGUAUCUACCUCCAAAGAUCACGCCGGGAGGCGCCGAAGGCCGCCGCACCCUCACGACCGACGACCCCCUGAAGCGCCUCGAGAGCGGCAACUUCUGCGCGCGCUGCCUCGCAUGGGCAAACGAAUGUUACUGGCGCUGUGACCACUGCAACCAAGGCGACUGGGGGUUCUGUAAUGACUGCGUCAACCAAGGCUCGUCGUGCACGCAUCCACUGCUGCCCCUGACAUACCAGCCACCUUCGUCCCACACGCCACCUGCCAGCCCGCGCUCACCACAGCCGCCUCACCACGCCAGUGUGCUGACUGGUCCCAACGUAUCUAGCAUUGGACCCUUCAAGCCGCUCGUCUUCCGCACGAGAUGCGACGUAUGCCAGGACCCUAUAGCCCCGACGCAGAGCCGUCUCCACUGUUUCAGCUGCACCAGUUCCAUCGAGCCGGACACGAAGCCUGGCGAUUACGACGUGUGUCAGGCCUGUUACUCAGCGCAGGUGUCUCGCGGCCAAAUCAGCGUCGAGAACGGCCCGGCGGGCUGGCGAAGGUGUCCACAAGGUCACAGGAUGGUCGUCGUGGGCUUUCUCGAGGGCCAGGGCGGGCAGUAUCGGCACGUGGUACAAGACCUCGUUGGCGGGAGAAAGCUGGUCGUUGCGCCUGCGGGCGAGGGCCAGGAGGCGCGCGGCUUGCAGAGAUGGAGCUGGCUCGAUGGUGACCGCAAGCUCGAAAGGCUUGUGACGACGAAUGUGACGGCGUCGACACCAGAAGGCGAGGCCGCGGUCGGGUUUCCGCCUGACGGAGGCGUUGGGUGGGCGGCGGUCGCUUCGUGGGCCUGGUUUCCCAAGGCAGAGGCAGAAGAUGAACUGAUGUUUCCGAGGGGUGCCGAAGUCAGAGAGAUUGAGGACGUCAACGGCGACUGGUUCUUCGGGGUGUACAUGGGUGCCAAGGGACUGUUUCCGGCGCCCUACGUGAAGAGGUUUGAGGGAUAG